AUGCGCAGAAAGGAUGGUUAUGAGUUAUGCAUGGCAAUACGUAUCAUUGCCUUCCAGCAGGUGUGCAGGUGUGUGCUGUACAGGUGCGCCGAACACCUGCACAAGGCACUAACACUAGCGGAUGACGGUCUCUCAUCAGCGCAGUCCUCUACUGCUGACUUAGUGGGAGACUGUGUCCUCUGUUUAUUAGCUGCCUGUGCUAUCGGCCAAAACAGGAGCUGCGUCUGCCUUUAUGGGUGUACAAGUGGGCGUGGCGAUGGAGCCAGGACUUAUGGGCGGCCUGGUAGUGGGCGUGUCUCUCGGCGUGGCUGCUCUUCUCUGCACAGGACUCUGUCUCGGCCUCUGGUGCAGGCGCCUACGAGGUCACGGUGGCGACCCGAGUCCCGCGACCUUCCUGGUGAGCAAGAGGAAAGCAGGAGCCUACACCACGUCCGAUCACCCGAUGGCCUUCGUUCUGCCGUCUAUCCCACAGAGCGAUGCCGGCAGCGAGCCCCACACGCCCACACCCACGCCCACGAUUCUCACGCCCACAGAGAGAGCCAAGAAGACCACAACAGGAGCGCCCAUGGUUUACGGAUGGGAGGUCGUGUCCCACACCCUGUGCUCGUGCCCGAUCCCCAACACGCCCCCUCCCUCCUACACCCCGCCCGCGCCCUACACUCCCCCACGCCCUACAGCCCCCCACCUCCUACUCCGCCCCCGCCGCGAAAUGCAGGUCAUGCACGCCCGCCUACGCCCGCGGAGCACCCCGCCCACGCUCCGCCCCCCCGUGCCACGCCCCUCACUCUGCCCCUCGGAGAAAGAAGAGGCCGGCGCCCCCAGCCUCCUGUCCCGGGGGCGCCCCAGCUCUCGCCCACGCUGGGAGGCAACCCCGCCCACCAGCCCACGCCACGCCCGCGCUCCGCCUCGCCCAACACCUUCCUGAAGUCGCCCGCUACGCCCACCCCGCCCCCGAGGUCCAUCUUCAUGAAAAGAGGAGCGUGGGGCCUGGACGAGCUGCGAGAAGCCCUCAGACAGGCGUGCGCAGACGAGGGCGAGGUCAGGUCACCCACCUACCCUGACCCUGGCGAUGUGACGACCCCGGACUCCAUUGAUGGCUGGGGACCUGUGUGGACGCCUGCCUCUAGCAUUGGCUCGGGCGGCGGGUGCGGUCUGGGCGAGCUGCGGGUACGGGUGAGAUACACCGUAAGAACGAGGCUCCUGAAGCUGAUCAUUCUCUCCGCUGACAACCUGCCACUGAGACUCGGGCCGGAGCCUCUCGACACGUAUACAAAGGCCGUAAUGCUGCCCGAAAAACGCGUGAGAUUCAACACCCGCGCCGUGUCCGCAGUCACCCACGCUAUAUUCAAUGCCUCCUUCACCCACGCUUCCCGCCCGUCUCGCCUCGCCCACGCCUCUCUCAGGUUCUCUGUCUGCCAGGUGACAGGAUGCGGACGGCGGGUCGUGGUCGGCUACGCGGCGGUGCCCUUGUCCCAGGUGGGCUUCAGGGUAGGCCUAUCCCACGACCUCGAUACCGGGCCCCUCACACUCCACCUGCAGGAGAGUGCGCCGGACCAGCAGGUGGGACUCGGUGGCCAGCUGCAGGUGGGUCUCAGCUGGACCUCAGAGCACAGCGACCUCACCAUUAGCGUCCUGCACUUGGCUGGCCUUCAGUACGAUAGUCAGCGCGAUUCAGUGCAAGUUUACGUCAAAGUUACGGUGUACACUAACAACACCAUCCUCUGCUGGCGUCGAACAAGUCCUCGUCCUAUUGAGAGUGAGAUGACACUGUUCGAGGAGGACCUCAUACUCCGCAUGCCCGAGUUGGACCUUGACGCCACGCACCUCGUCCUCAGUGUGAGAGAGAGGACUGGGCCAGGCUGCGGGCGGCGCGUGCUGGGGUCGUGCCUGGUGGGUCUGGGCGGCUGCGUGGGCGAGGAGGGGCGCCACCACUGGCUGGACAUGCUCCGCGCCGCCCCCGACAUCGUGGUGAGGACCCACCCCCUGGCCGCCCACGCCUCCUACCACGACGUGCUCCCCAAGGACUUCCUCCUUGCCAUGGCGCCCCCUCCUCCGCCGCCCAAGGACCAGGUAUCUCCCGACCACUGCCAGUGCGGAGCGAGUCAGGGCGGUCAGGGGGGCGCUGGAGGUCCCCACGCCCACCAGUGCGACGAGGGCAAGUCUUCGUCGCCGCCCGUCCCCGUCGCCGCGAGGAGGAGUACGACCCCCGCCCACGCUGCCGUAUCCGAUCCAGCCUACGCUAAUGGGAACGUGAGUCCGAAACCCGCCCGCGAAACAGACCCCCGCGAAGCAGACGCCCCCGAGGACCUCUCAAGGGAGGAAGCCACGCCCUCCCCCCGCGAUUCGGUCUACGAGGACGCCCACAGCACCCUCGAUUCCCUCCAGCCCAUGGAGUGCACGCCCGCGCAGCCGACCGGGGCACAGCCGGGACACCAAGAAAACAUUUACGCCAAUGACGAGCCAAUCUACGAGAACAUAGAGGACCUGCAGGCGUCGCUCGGCUGCCCGACGCCCGACCCGAGGAGGGCGAGCGGCUGUGAGGGGCGGGGGUCGGUCGUGUACAUAGGUACAUGCAUUCGUGCGCGGAUAUAUAUACAUGUUAUGUUACAGCUGCGGUUCUAUAGCCUAUUAGCGGAAACCUUCAUUGCUGUCAAGCUAGCCAGCUAA